AUGACUGCAGAUCGUAAAUUAAUUUUAAUGCACUUACGCAAAACAUUUGAUAAUAUUAUUAAAGCAAAUUUUGAAGAAGAAACUGUGGUUGUAAGAGAAUUUGAUUAUUUCAAUGAAAGACUUUUACCAUUAUUUACAAAUGUAACAAAUUUAUAUGGAAAAAGUGAAUUAAUUGAACAAUUUCCUGAAAUAUUUUUAUUUAUGUCAAAAAUGACGACAAUUCUUGUUCAAGAGAUACGAUUACGUGCUGGAAAUAAUAGUACUGUUUUAGCAGCUAAUGCUAUUGCUGAAUUUUUAUCACCAUUAAAAGGUGUUACUAAUGGUUGGGAACUUUUACAAUCUGUUACAUAUCUUGUAACAAGUAAUAAUAAUAUGAUUAUUGAAGCUGCUUGUCAUGCAUCAUUACCAUCAACAAUAGUUAAAAGUUUAUAUCUAUUUUUUGAUCUAUCAAAUGAGUAUAAUAAUGAUUUAUCACAUGCUAGAGAAAAAUUAAAAUUAAAUUUAGAAUCAUUAAUUACAUUUCUAUUUCGUCAUAAAGUUUCUGUAGAUGAAUUAAUUCUUAAAGAUGACUUACCAUUAACAUUUAUUGGUGCUAGUACUCUUACAACACCAUUAAAUAAUUACUGGAGAGAUUUAAAUUUAAAAAUAAUUAAACAAAUUUUUGAGCAUACUUUAACACCAACAAUAAUAAAAUAUAUUAAGGUUCGUGAAUGUUUUACACAAUAUUUAGUAAAUAUUGAGGGUACUACUCAUUUACCUGAUAAUGACCAAAUAGAUGCAAUUGUAACAUUAAUUAGUUUAUUAAAAUCAUCUACAAAAUGUGGAAAUGGAAUAUUAGAACUUUUUUCAAUUAUUGGUGGAUAUGAUAAACUUGUACAAUAUAUUAUUCAAAGACAAUCAAAAGAGGAAGUUGUUAAAAAAAUUAUAAAUGUUAUAGGAAAAGAAUUACCAUUUAUUGGUAUUUCAGAUAUUAAACCAAUAUAUCCUAAUAAUAUUCAUGAUAAAGAAUUUAAUUUACCAAAACCAUUAGGAUGUGGUAUGACAUUAUGGAAUAUUAUGGCUAUUAAAUGUCUUUAUAAUGUAUUUUUAUUAACAAAAUCUGAUGUUGUUAGUGAGGUUAUCGCAAAUAUAAUUCGUGACAUUUAUACAAAAGAUCCAAGUAAUUAUUUUUUAGGAGAAAAUGACUUUGAAUUGGUAAAAUUUUUUGAAGGAAUGGAAACAAAAAAUAUACAAAUACAAUUACCAUUUUUUGAGAUUCUUGAAUUUUUAUUACGUGAAGUUGAGUAUGUUCCAAGAAAAGAAUUAACAACAUUAUCAGUCAUUUUACGUAAUCAAUUAUCACUUGAAAGAUAUAAUAUUUGUAAUAUGUAUAUGAAAAAAAUAUUUGUUUUAUUAACAUUACAUAGUAGUCUUAAAGAUAUUUUUACAGAUAUAGGAUUUAUUGAAACAUUUACUUGGAUAUUUAAUUUAUCAAUUGAUAUAUUAAAAAAAAAUAAUACAAAAAAUUUUUAUAUACAAAUGGUUUUACCAAUAAUGGAUUUAUUAAAUUUUAUGAUAAAAGGUCAUCCAUUUAAUGCACAAUUAAUUUCUGAUAAAUUAGAAUCAUCAAAAAUUAUUGAAAAUCUUUGUAUUGAUAAUGAAAAUUCAUCUAAUAAUAUGGCAAUAUUAUUAAAAAAUCUUUUAAUAUUUACAAAAAAUGAAAAAUAUAUGAGACUUGUUAUGCAAACAUUAACUAAUAAUCCAUCAUCAUAUAAAUUAAAUAAUCUUUUACUUAAUGUACUUUUAUCAGCUUUAAAAGAAAGUCACAAAGUUAGAAUUUCCUUUAGAAAAGUUGAAGGAUACUCAUGUUUAAUAUCAUCACUUCUUAAUUUUGAAUCAAACUUUAUUGAACCACUUUUUACAGAAGAAUUUAAAAAAUCAAUUGAUUACAUAUCUCUUAUAUUUAAAGUUAUUACAAUUUCAAUGAGAUUUGAACCAUCUAAUUCAAAAUAUUUUUCACAAGAAAUUAAAUUUGAACUUUUUACAUCAAUAAUACGAUUAACUGGUGCAUUUACGCAAACAUUAACAAUUCCUUAUAAUUGUGAAAAAAUUACUUCAUCACAAGGUUUUUUAUCAGCAUUAAGAUCAAUUCAUGUUAUUUUUAAAUCAUCAAUUUUUGAAGAAGAAUAUGAUGAUAAUUUAACAGUUGAUAUACCAGAUGAAAUAAUUUUAGUAUGUUAUUUUUUAAAACAAUUUCUUGAAAUGGCUUUUGAUAGUAUUGAUAGAUCACCUAAUAUAAUUAAAUUUAAUGAUAUUAAUAAUAUUAAUAUUGAAGGAUCAUCAGAUAAUGUUACAUUAAUUGAUAUUGGUCAAUCACCUAUUGUUCAUACAAAUGGAAUGUUAUGUUUUAUAUCAUUAUUAGCAUCAAUACCAAUAACAUCAUCACCAUUUAUUAGUGGUGUAACACAAUUUUAUGGUUUUGUAUUAUUAAAAGAUUGUCUUAAACAUGAAAGAAAUCAACAAGUUAUGUGUACAGGACAAUUACCUAAAUUAUUAUUAGAUAUUGCUGAAGAAGUUUUUAAUAAUGAAAAUCAUUUACUUUAUCCACCUAUUAUAUAUAUUUUUGAAAGAUUAGCAAGACAACAAAUAUUUCCUAGAGAUUUAAAAAAAUUUUUACGUCUUGGUAAUCCAUUAUGUUGUAGAGAUUUAGAUGAUGAAAUACCACAAAAUAUAAAUAAUGAAAAUAAAGAAGGUGGAUCAUUAGAUUUUUAUAGAGUUAAAGCAUUAGCAUCAAUGCUUACACCACGAUAUAAUUCAUCAUUUGAAUUACCACCAUUUAUUGAAUUUGAUUUAAGUUAUGAAGGUUUUGCAUCACUUUUAGUUCCAUCAAUUGCACCACAACAACUUCAAUCAUCUAGUCCAGUAUCAACAAAUCAUAUAUUUCCACCACUUAAUGGUUUAACACUUACAACAUGGAUAUAUAUACAUGGAAAUAAUAAUGAAAAUAAUAUUAAUAAACAAUCAAUUAUAUUACCAUUAAUAAAUAUUUUUAGAUCUUUUAAAGGACAAACAGAUGAUAGUAGUAAAGUUAAUUUUAGAAAUAUGAUAUCAUGUUUUAAUGCAGAAUUAAAUAUAAAUGAGAUGACAAUAUCAGUAUCAACAUGUGAAAUGGAAUUUUUAAGAUUAAUAGAUCAUGUUAGUCGUGGAAUUGUUAUUGAAGGACAAGUUCAAGGAUCUGUUAAAAAUUUAAUUAAAAAAGAACAAUGGAAUAAUAUUGGAAUUGUUUUAACAAAAUCUGUUUUAAAAAAUUCAACAAUUGAAAUAUAUAUUAAUAGUGAAUUAGUUUUAACACAAAAAAUUCAUUAUAUUUCAGCAAAUUCAGUACAUCCUAUAACAAAAACACAUAAACAAACUGGUGUUCAUGCUUUAAUUGGUGUCUCACCAUUUACAAGAAAAUUAUUAAAUUUAAAAUGGAAAAUGUCAAAUUAUUUUUUAUUUGAAGAACCAUUAUCAUAUGAUGCUAUUAAAAAAAUACAUAGUUUAGGGGCUAAUUAUGUUGGUAAUUUACAAGCAAUUGAACCUGAUGGUACACAAUUAAUUGAAGAAGAUAAAAUAAUAUUUUCAUUAAAUGCUUCAGCUAAUUUUGAAUGUUCAGUUAUGAAAUUAAAAAAUAUGUAUCCAAGAAUUGAUUAUGAUAUAUUAGCAAAUUUAUUAAGUGUCUCAAUAAAUGACAAUUCAACACCAUUACGUGUUUUAUGGAAUACAGCAAAUAUUGGUAAUUAUGAUAGUAGAAGUUAUGGUGGUGUAACAAUAGGUUAUUUAGGUAUUCGUGUAUUUCAUCCACUUCCAGCAUCUAAAAUUCUUUCAUCAAUUGGUGGUGAAUUAAGUAUUUUAGGAUUAAUUGCAAUGUCAACAACUUCUGAAGAAUUGUAUAUAUCAAUGAAAGCUCUUCUAUCAGCAUUACAAACAUCAACAACUAUAUGUGAAAGUAUGUUAGAAAAUCGUGGAUAUCAAAUGUUAGCUAUGUUAUUAGAAGAUAAAGGACAUAUAAUGAAUGCAAAUAUUUUACAUCUUGUUAUUUCUUUAACAGAAACUGCUAGUUUAAAUGUUUCUAAUAAUAGACUUAUUCAUAAAUCACAUGAAGCAUUUGAGGAUCUUUUAUGUGAUUUAGAUGUUUGGUCAAAAGCUUCAGAAAAUUUUAGAACAAUAUUAUUUGAACAUUUAUAUGAAAUGAUUAUUGAUCCACAAAAAGAAAGUGUUGUUGAUGCCAAAAAAUCAACAUUAUUACAACAUUUACUUAUUUUUCUUCUUGAUUCACCAUCACCUAUUGCUUUUAAAACAGAUACAAUUUUUAAUUUAAUUACAGUACUUCUUCAAGGAAUGACUGAUUCAAAAAAAAUUUUAUGUUAUGGUCAAGCUUUAGCUGGAACAAUACCAUCAAGUACUUCAGAACAAGUUAUUGAAGAAACAUUUCCAUUUUUAACAGGAGCAUUAAAAAAUAAAUUAAUUGAUAGUAGUAAUUCAGGUGAAAUUGACAAAAAAUUAUAUUUUGUUUAUAUAAGAAAUAGACUUUUAAAUAUUCUUUUUACAGCAUUAUCAAAUGCUCAACAAAAUAUUAGUUGUCAGAUGGGUGAAUCUAUUGUAAAAAAUCUUGGUUUUGAUUGGUUAUUUACUUUUUUUAUUCCAUCAAUACAUCCAUGUACCUUUUUUACAGCUUUAAGAAUUUUACUUGAAAUAUUAAAACAUCAAUCAAUCUUACAAAAAUUUAAAAAUGGUCAAAAUAAUGGUGAAUGGUUAGCUGAUGCUGAUUCAGCAACUAAAAAUCGUGUAGCUGUAUUAUUAGGAUUUUCUGUAAAUAAUACAGAACAAUCAACUGGUGUUUCAUUAGGUAUUAAUAAAGAAGUUUUAGCAUGUUCAGGAUAUGAAUUUUUAUUUCAUCUUUUACCUAAUCAUUAUGAUAAACCAUUUGCUAUUAUUGGAAUUUUUUCAAUACUUUUUAAUCAAUCAACAUCAUUUUUAACAAAUAAUAGUGAUUUAACAACAGAAUCUAUAUGGUCUGAAGUUUUUUCAUUAAAUAAGACAGGUUCUAUAACAGAAAUUGCAUCAAAUGUUGAAGUAAAUAGUGAUGCUUUACCAACAUUAACAAAAAUGUUAAAUAUAUUGAUAUUAAAUAAUAAUGAUAAUGAUGUUAAUGAAGAAAAUCUUAUGAAAUGGAGUCAAAUAAUAGUUAAUAUUAUUAUUUUCUUUUAUCAAAAUUCACCAAAUUUUUAUAAUACUAUUAAUAUGUCAAGAUAUUUUGUAUGUGUAUUCAAAAUAUUAUAUUCAUAUACAGAAAAUAAGGAAAUUAUAGCAGAAUAUUAUAAACCAAGUGUUAAAUUAUUAUAUGAUUUUAUUUCAUCAAUAUUAAUAAAUGAUUUAUUUAUAAAUCAUGAAAUUGAAGGUGGUUUUUUAUUAGAUUCAUUGAUAGAAAAUAUUUCUGAUACAAGUUCAGUUUUUUCAACAUCAAAAUCACCAUUUUCAACAAUUGUUAAUUUAUAUCUUGAAAUAUUAAGACAACAACCAUCUUUUAUAAAUUAUAAAAUAACUCUUAUACCUAAACAAGUAAAAUUAUAUUAUGAAUCAUCAUCAAUAUUAUCAAAUAUAUUUUAUACAAUAACAAGAUUAAUUGAUUGUUGUUGGUUAGGAUAUAUUCAUGAUAAUUCAUACAAAAUAUUAGAAAUUCUUCUUCGUGUUAUGCAAGAAAUUAAACAAGUAUAUUCAAGUACACAAAAAAAUAAUAUUGUUAUUGAAGAUAUAUAUAUCAAUAGUUUUUUUAGAAUUGUACUAUAUAUUCUUAGUAGACCUAUUAAUAAUAUUAAUAGUCAAUUAUCUGUUCUUGAUACAUUAUCACAACUUCUUCAUAAUGUUCAUUUUUUUGUUAAUUCACAUUCAUCAAAUAAUACCUAUUUUGGUCCAUUAAUUCAUUUAAUUUUUGUUUUAUCUGAAACACCUGAUUUAUUUUAUAAUCCUAAUCAAAAUGUUGAAUUAGAAAAAGGUUCAGCUCAAAUAGCUGUAUGUGCUGGAAGUGUAUGGGAAAUGAUAUAUCAAUAUAGAAGUAAAUUUCUUAAUGAUCUUUUUAAACAACCUGUUGAUGAUGAUAUAUUAACAUCUCGUGUAACAUUUGGUGGUAUUGCAAAUGGUUUUUGGUUAAAUUUUCUUGAUUCACAACAAGAUAUUGAUAUGUCUUUAUCUAAAUUUACAAAUAUAUUUAAAAGUAAUUUUGGAUCAAGAUUAACAAGAAUGGGAAGUACAUUUUCAAAAUUAACAACAAAAAAAGGUCUUACUGCUGCUGCAAUAAAUGCUGUAUCAUCAGCUGCAUCUGUAACAUCUUCAACAUUUUCUGGAUCUAGUGGUAAAGAUUCAUCAAUAGAUGGAAAUAUAUUAAAUAGAAGUGAUUCAAUAUCAUCAGUAUCAUUUACAGAUUCAAUAACUAGAAAUAAAGAUAGUCCAACAAGAACAAUUAGAGUAACAAAAGAAAUGCUUCAUACAUCAAUAAAAAUACAUAUAUGUUUUGUUAAAGAAGCAAUAAAUAGUCAAAUAAGUAGUUAUCAUGAAUAUCAUAAUCAUGUAAGAAAAUGGUGUAUAAUUGAUUGGGAAAAAAAUAGAGCUGAAUUAAUAAGACCUAAAGGUUUAUGGGGACCUGAAAAAUGUUCAAAAUAUCAAAAAUAUCAAUUAUCAACUGUUGAAGGACCAUUUAGAGUUAGAAAAAAAACUUUUCCUGAUUCAACUUUUUAUCAUAGAUAUCCAUAUAGACCACAAAUGGAUACUAUAGAAGGUAAAUUAUUAAGAAAUAAAGUAGCAUUAUGUAGAGAUAGUAAAAUUUAUUAUGAAAAAAUGCAUAAACAUCGUUUUUUAACAAUGGAUGAAAGAAUUAUUGAUAAAAGUUUAUAUUCAUUAGGAAAUGGUAGUAAUAAUGAAGAAACAAUACAAGAAUUUAAUAAUGAAGUAACUUUUUCAAUGAUAAGAAGAUUAGCUAAAAGUAAUAAAGAUAUGACAAAUUCAAAAGAAGAUGAUGAUCAAGAAGAAAUUAUUGAUAAUGAAAAUCAAAAAAAAGAUAUAAUUCAAGGAAAUGAAAAUAAUACAGAAGAAACAAAUAUAAAUAAUCAAAAAAAAGCUUUUGGACCAGAUAAUCAAUCAUUAUUAAGACUUCUAGAACCAGGUGAACAAUUACAUAGUAUGUUUAGAUGUGCUAGAGUUCAAGGUCUUGAUACAAUGGAAGGAUUAAUACUUUUUGGAAAAGAAUAUUGUUAUGUUAUAGAUGGUUUUACACUUUUAAAAACAAGAGAAAUAAGAGAUUUAGAAUUUUUACCUGAACAAUUUCAUGAUCCAAUUGUUCCAUAUACUGCUUUAGGUGGUUCAAAUAGAACAAAAUCAGCUAGACAAUGUCAUAAAAUUGCUUACGAUGAUAUUGCAUCUGUUCAUCGUCGACGAUAUAUGCUUCAACCAAUAUCAAUUGAAAUAUUUUGUCAUUCUGGUGAAAAUUUUCUUCUUGCAUUUCCAAAAAGAACUAGAAAUAGAGUUUAUCAGAAGUUUACUGCAAUUUCAAAAUCUGAUGAUACAUCAAAACAAGGUUUAAAUCCAAUUACUGCUCCAAACAAAAGAUUUGCAUAUGGUGAACAAUUAGCUGAAACAUUUAUUAAUUCUAUCAUUGGUCAACAAAGUAUUACAAAAAAAUGGGUUAAAGGAGAAAUAUCUAAUUUUGAAUAUUUAAUAUAUCUUAAUACUGUAUCAGGUCGAUCAUAUAAUGAUUUAUCACAAUAUCCUAUAUUUCCAUGGAUUAUUCAAGAUUAUACUUCAGAUAAAUUAGAUUUACAAAAUCCAAAAACAUUUCGCGAUUUAUCAAAACCUAUGGGAGCACAAAGUGCAGAAAGGUUAAAUCAAUUUCUUAAAAGAUAUUCUGAAUGGGAUGAUCCAUCACAUGAAACACCACCAUAUAUGUAUGGUACACAUUAUAGUAGUGCAAUGAUAGUUUUAUCAUUUAUGGUAAGAGUUGAACCAUUUACAACACAAUUUUUAAAAUUACAAGGUGGACAUUUUGAUUUAGCUGAUAGGAUGUUUCAUUCAAUUGAAGAUUCUUUUAUUAGUGCUAGUAAAAAUAAUAUGGCUGAUGUUAGAGAAUUGAUACCAGAAUUUUUUUAUUUACCAGAAUUAUUUAAAAAUGAAAAUAAUUUUGAUUUUGGUAAUAAACAAAAUGGUGUACUUCUUAACGAUGUUAUAUUACCACCAUGGGCUAAAGGUGAUCCAUCAGAAUUUGUAAGAAUGCAUAGAGAAGCAUUAGAAUGUGAUUAUGUCUCUGAACAUCUUCAUGAAUGGAUUGAUCUUAUAUUUGGAUAUAAACAAAUAGGUGAAGAUGCCAUUAAAGCACAUAAUGUUUUUCAUCAUCUUUUUUAUGAAGGUAGUGUUGAUUUUGAUAAUAUUAAUGAUCCAUUAACAAAAAAUGCUACACUUGGUUUUAUUAAUAAUUUUGGUCAAAUUCCAACACAAUUAUUUAAAAAACCUCAUCCUCAAAGAAAACCACAAUAUAAUACACCAUAUAAUAAUACAAAUGGUACAACAACAAAUCAAUGUUUUUAUCAUAAUCUUGAUGCAUUAAAGCCAUUUGUCAAACCUGUCAAGGAAUUAGGAUCAGCUAUAGGAACAAUUUGUUUUUCAGAUAAGGGACAUAUAAUAGCAUUAGAGCAUAACAAAGUUAUGAUAAACAGUGUAAAUUUCGUUUCAUGGGGUUUUAAUGAUAAAUCAUUAAGAAUAGGAAAUGUUGAAAAUGACAAAUCUAUGACAUUUUUUGAGUUAAAUGACAAUGUUGACAUUAGUUGUAUGGCAUCUGGAAAUAAUAAAUUACUUUUUGGUGGUCUAAUAACAGGAGGUAUUCAUGUUUGGAGUAUAUGUAAUAAAUGGCCAAGAUUAAAGUAUCUUAAACAUUUAUUAGCACAUACAGAUGCUGUUACAGUAAUGGUUGUAUCAAAAUCAUUUAAUUUACUUAUAUCUGGUUCAAGAGAUGGUUCAGUUAUUUUAUGGAAUCCAGAAACACUUAAUUUUGUAAGACAACUUGAUAAUCAUGGUCAAUCAAUUACAGCUAUACAAAUUAAUGAAAUAUCUGGUGAUAUUGGUACAGCAUCUGGUUCAAUGAUGUAUAUAUGGUCAAUAAAUGGUACAUUAUUAUCAUCAAUUGAUACAUCUGAUUCAAAAGGAUCUUUAACUUCAUCAAGAAUUAUACUUUGUAUAUCAUUUUCAACUAUCAAUGAAUAUGAUUCACAGAAUGUUAUUAUGUGUGGUAGAAAUGAUGGUUUAGUUUUAAUCUAUUCAAUGGAAAUGAUUAAAAGUGAUAAAAAAAAUGAUAAUAAUUUAAAAUUAGCUAAUACAAUUCGUGAAUUAACUAGUCCAAAAAUUUUUACUAAUGCUAAUACUAUAAAAGAUCAACUUUUUAAUAAAAAUAAUAAAGGAAAAUUAUUAUCAAUAUCAUCUUUAAAUAAUGAUAAAGAUGAAGGAUUAGGAUGUGAUAGUAAUACAACAUCGAUAUCAUUAAAUAAUGAAAAAAUUGUAAAAAAAGAUUCACAUGAUAGUGAUGAUAAUCAAGAUAUAAAUGAAUUAAAUAUAUGGAGAAGAGAACUUAUUUUACGUAAGAUACUUGGACUACAUACAGCAUUUAAUAAAAUUACAAACCAAAGACCUGCACCAAUAACAGCAAUACUUCCGGCAAAAGACCACAAAAAAUUAUAUAUUGGUGAUGGAGUUGGAAGAAUUCUUUUAUGGGCACUUGACACAAGACAAUUAACUGAACAAUAA